ACAGUGGUGUCAUCGAUAAGACCGUGUUGACACGUACAGAUCCCCUCUUCCCACCUAGCUCAGCUCGCUCUCACUCUUCCCCGCCUCCGCUCGCCGGUGUGGCGGUGUCCGAGCUCACCUUGCCCGGGGGAGCUGCUAGGGAUCUUCCGCCGUCACGGCCGAGCUGGACGCCGUCCUCCAUUGGCAGAAAUGUAUGAUGAUCAAGCAACUGAACUGGAAGCCUUGGAGGGCUUACUGAGUGAUCCAAGUGCAGAGCCCAUCAAGCUAUCAUAUGGACUUUUGAAAUUCAUAACAGGAAAUUUUUCUAAUGAAAUUGGUCGUGGUGGGUUUGGAGUUGUUUACCAGGGAACUUUGCAAAAUGGGGAAGUUGCUGUGAAGAAGAUCUCCAGUGUGCAUGAGUUUUCUGAUAAGGUAUUCAUGGAUGAGAUCAUGUGUUUAAAAAGGGCAAAGCACAAGAAUAUAGUAAGAUUUCUAGGAUACUGUUCAGAAAGUCAGGGGGAAGUGAUGGAAUACAAGGGAACCUAUGUGAUGGCAGAGGUACAGAAAAGGUUACUUUGUUUUGAGUAUGUUCCAAAAGGAAACAUUCAGGACUAUCUUGAAGAGAAACUGGAUGAAAAUGACUGGCUUAUAAGGUACCAAAUAAUAAAGGGAAUCUGUGAGGGUCUGCAUUACCUUCACGAAGAACGUAUCAGCCAUCUAGACCUCAAACCUGAGAAUGUUAUGUUGGAUGCUUUCAUGGAGCCAAAAAUUACGGACUUUGGCUUGGCAAGAUGUUUAGUUGAGGGACAGUCCAAAGUUUAUACUAAGAUUAUCCGGGGAACACCGGGAUAUAUUGCACCAGAAAACAUAAACACGGGAGAAAUAUCAUUGAAGUCAGACAUAUAUGCAUUGGGCAUUAUUAUCAUUAAACUACUUACUGGGCAGAAUGUCAUUGAUUUUGAUAAUUGGUAUGAAUCAAUAGGCUUGGACAGCCCACAAGUGAGGGGUUGCAUCGAAAUAGCUCGAGAUUGUAUCAAAGUUGACCAAGAUAAAAGACCUACUAUUGGUGAAAUAAUUCGUGAGCUGCACAAGAUAGAUAGCAUGAUGACAUAUGACACAGGGUCGUCCACACCCCAGGUAAACCCUAUGGUGUUCCCUGGGACUGAGCUGCUCGAUGUGUAUCCCCUAGAGCUCCGCUUCCCCUUCAUGGAAAAGGAGCCGGCUCAGUGCCAACUGAGCCUAAUCAAUAAGACAGAUGGUGAAGUCGGUUUCUUUGUUUUACCGAGUCUUAGGGUCAGGUCCCUGAAUGGCAUUCUGAUGCCAAACUGCACCUGUGUUUUCACCCUGAAAAUGUUGAGCAACGAAAGGCUGUACUCCUCCGAUGAGGUAUCAUUACUGAUGUUCAUCAUAAAAUCGAGUGACAAGGUCAGAGAACUGAUGAAAACAUCAGUCAACAUAGACGGGGAGUUGAACAUUUCGACUGAUGAUCUGUAUGAGCAAGUACAAGAAAUGGGGGGCGAGAUGCAUUUGGCAACGUUGACGGCUGUCCUCGACUCUAAGUAUGAGACAAUGACCACCACUUUCGCGAUGGAUACCAGAAGCGACAAACUAGAAGAUCUUCUUUCCGAAGCUUUUUUUCCCGAAGCGAGAAAAUCAUGGUUUUCUGCAUACCGCAGAUUAGAAGUGCAUCCUUCAAAACCAUGGAUUAUGACACUGAAAACUGAUGCCAUUUACAUCUGGGACUAUCAAACCAAGCAGAAAAUAAAAUUGGACGUUGAUGAAGCUCACUCAGCUAAAUUUAUUGCGCGGAAGCGAUGGCUUGUAAUUGGUAGGAGGGAUUCAAUACAUGUGUACACAUGUCCUACAUUUGACCAAGUCGAAAUAGUCAGAAAAUUUGAUGUUUUUGAAAGGGAACUGAGGGAUGUAAGGCUUAGACGGUGUUAUACCGAGGUGGUGGUUCACCCAACCAGUCCAUACUUGCUUUCUUACUGCCAUGACAGUUAUGAUGGCCCAUCAAUGAAGCUUUGGAACUGGGACCAAAACUGGUCCUGUACUCGAACAUUUGACAUUACUUCACCUACUGUGCUGGUACAAAUCAUGGUUAAUACCAAGGACACCAACACUUUCGCUACUCUUGAUCAGGAUGAUAGAGUAAAGAUCUGGAAGUUUGCUUUCUCCCAGCCUAUCGCCACACUGGAAGGAUUGAAAGGGACCAGUAUGCUUGAGAAUAUUUUCACCUACAGAGGUGGCCGGCAUUUGAUUACUGCCAUCUUCGGCUCCAAUGCUGUCAUAUGGGAUCCACACACAGAGAAAUGUGUACACACACUCUCUAUUUAUGAUGGUCGCCGUCCCGAUGACAAAAUUGUUGCUGUUGUUUGCCAUCCAAAACGUCCGGUACUGGUGACCGCUUCGAAGCACAGAUAUGUUCAUGUGUGGGACUGCAAUACGUACAGACUUAAGAAGGAAUAUGUGAAUUUGAGCCGGGAGCCUAGAGAACUUGCAUUUCUAAGCUCAGGAAGGCUCGUUAUCUUGUAUGACGAUGGUGUCGAAAUAACGGAUACUGCCCUCGAAUAAGACAGCCUCACAAGAGUUGGAUUGGAGCUGCUCCUGUCUGGUUAUCUGUCGUUGUUGUCACCUUUUUUUUUAUGUUUAUUUAUAUUUUGAGAAGCAGUGCUGGACAAUUACCAUUAACCCUGGGCUACGGAAGGAGGAGUGAUGCGGCUUGGUCCAGACAAUUACCAUUAAAGUAUGUUCAUAUCAAGUCGAAAGUGGUACCUUUCUGUAGAUUAGGAGUAUUUGAUUAUGCACCUAACCAGUUUACCCAUCCGUCCGAACCAUGGUAGAGGACCGGACAUUGGAGCUACAGGAAACAGGGGCAGAUUUGCGGACGGAAAUAUCAUUGCAAGUGAGACGAUUUUCUUGUGCUCAAUAUUGAUGGACCAAUGGCUUGAACUUGCGAUGAUGAUGAUGAUGAUGAUCCAUUCCACCCUCUGCAGUUUGGCUGCCAACGUCACCAUGCCCAUGUAAUACAGUACGAGGCAUGAUGUACCCCACCUACCCCUGUGGCAUUCAGCUUUCCAUUUUUUUUUUCCAAACGACCAUCAGGGUCGGAUUCCAUUACCACUGAGAUAAUAAGGGAAUAGUAAUACAAGUGCCGGCAUCCAGAGUUCCAAUGCCGCCUACUGAAAACUUCAGACUUUACAGGAAACACGGAGCGCUAUGGGCAACCGAUUGACCAGGGAUCCCCAAAACAAGUUUCAGUUUCACCAACAGAAGAUGUGAAGCGAAGGACCAUCAAACAUCAGUCUUCAAGAUCCUCCACAGUUUCAUCGUCAUCGGUGAUCCGGAGCAUGACAUGUCCAACUAUUUUCACCCCAUUAGCAUGAUGACGAAGAGCCUCUCUAUGAAGAAUAGCCGCCCCAGCUUCCAGCUUCUCCCUCUGUGGCAUGCAGGUAUCCUCUGCAUCUAGCGACAGCGAAGCACAAAUGGGGGAACCAAAGCCAUCAUCUUCUUCUAAUUUUACUACACUGCAGUGCAAUAUACAGUCACUACGAGUAAGAGUAAUACAAACAAGCAAAUGCAAGACUUGUGCAGGAAUUUGCCCCAAAACAUUUAGCAGCUGCUUGAA